CGGUCCAUUCCUUAUCUUCUUCACCUCUCCCUGUAUAUAGUCUCUUCCCAUGACCAUAUUCUGAACCACCAUAUCCAUCGAACUAACAACAUCUCUCUCUCUCUCUCUCUCUCUCUGUUCUCAUCAAAAACACUUUUGUCCAUUCAUUGACUAUGGAUUUGCAUGCAAGAAACUUAAGUUCUUCAAGUGAUCAUCGGAAUGAAGAAGAGAUCAUGGAUGUAAGAAAAGGUCCAUGGACUGUUGAAGAAGACAAUUUGCUUGUCAACUACAUCACCGUCCACGGCGAAGGCCGCUGGAACUCUUUGGCUCAAUGUGCAGGACUGAAACGAACUGGCAAGAGUUGCAGAUUGAGAUGGUUGAACUAUCUACGACCAAAUGUUCGGCGCGGCGACAUCUCCCUCCAAGAACAAUUACUGAUUCUUGAACUCCAUUCUCGAUGGGGAAACAGGUGGUCAAAGAUAGCCCAGUGCUUGCCUGGUAGAACCGACAAUGAAAUCAAGAACUACUGGAGAACCAGAGUCCAGAAGCAGGCCAAGCAGCUCAAAUGUGAAGUCAAUAGCAAAGAAUUCAGAGACGCUAUGCGGUUCGUCUGGAUGCCCCGUUUAAUGGAGCGGAUACAGGCCGGGUCCGGAACUUCUACGCCCCAACCCGAUAUUGUCGUCGGUUCCAAGUAUGACCCAAGCCAGUCAUCAAGUACCGUUGUAAAUCCUACCAAUCGGAAUCCCCCCGGGUUGGAGAAUUCGGGCGCUUCUUCUUCGGAUUAUUCACUGGACACCCAAUUCUCGGAUAUGACUGAUUGCUACAACCCACCCGGCAAUUAUUAUGGUUACAACGGGUUCGGAUCAUACCCGGAAAACGUGGGUUUAAUGGAUCGGCAAGAGAAUGAGGGGUGGUUAGGUGGAGGGGAGUCAUUGGAGAGUAUAUGGAAUGAUGAUAAUAUUUUCUUCGCUUUCAAUUGAUGAUUAUGAUUGUUAGCUUAGCUCCAAUUAAAAAGCACCAAAAUAAUAAUACCAAUGAAUUUACUAACGUCACGCAUCAA